AUGCAUUGUGGAGGAACCCGGGACUCUUUAUCAAGAAGUGAAGCGAUCCGCUGCAGCGUGUCAUCCACUAGCUUAGCAUGUCUGAACGUGCUGACGAAGCAGGAGGCGUCUCCGUGCGUGGAGAAGGAGGAAGUAAAGGUGGAAGUGGAGAGGUUCAUCGAUUUAGCGCGGCAGAUGGAAGCCUUCUUUCUUCAAAAGAGGUUCCUCCUCUCAGCGAUGCGACCGGAACUCCUCGUCAAAGAAGACAACAACGAGUUAAAGUGUGAGCUGCAGAGGAAGGAGGAACUGCUGCGGAGACACUACGACAAGAUCAUUCAGUGGCAGGGCUUGCUGGCCGAUCUGCAGGUUAGCAAAGGUCACACAGUGUACAAUAAAUGCCAGCAGCAGCAACAGAACACGCAACAGCAGCAAGCUGUGCAACAAGUUGCAGCGACACAGCAGCAACACGUUGUGCAACAGAGUGUACAGGCCCAACAAAUGGCAGCCGCGGCGGCAGCGCAACAGGCCGCGUUACAGCAACAAGCUGCGUUGCAGCAACAACAGGUACCUCGUCCCCCGCACCCGCCCGCAUACCCCGCUAACGUGCCGAGACGGUAG